AUGGCGAAGCGUAAGUCGUCGAUGAGCUCCAAGAUGGCUCAGCGGAAGAAGCCGGUGCCCAAGCUGGACACCACCUUCUGUUGCCCCUUCUGCGACCACCCCGACAGCGUGGCCUGCACCAUCGGCCUCAAGCUCUUGGUCGCCACCGCCGUCUACUACGUCUAUGAGGAGGCCUACCACACCACGGCGCACCACCUCACUGAGCCAGUCGACGUCUACCACGACUGGAUUGAUGUCUGCGAGAAGGCCAACCAAGGCGUCCAACUCCAAGCCCCAGACUACCAAAAACGAGACACCUAUUCAACUACUAGUGUUUUCCCUUUCCUUCACUAG